UUGUCGCUGUCGAUCGAUAAUCCAGACUUAUCCAAACGUUAAAUUCAUUUUGUGACCUUUUUCCGGUGUCUGGGCCUAUGAUUGUGGCAGUCGAUACUGGCGGCAACAGCGGCGACUGAAACACGGCUUCAUUUUAAAACACCUACGCCACCUUGUGCACAACAUAUAUAUACAGCGUUCAAGACCCCUGCUGGCUUUGGUGUGCUCUCCGGGAUAUUAGAGAUUUUUGGUAUCGGACAUACAACUAUAACCCUACUUGGGAAAUAUCAGAUUUGAUCGUUGGUGCGCGCUGCGUGUGUGGAAAAAAAAAAUACCACCUACACCACCUCUUUUUCCAAUUAGAGGACGAUUGAUGCAUAGCUCGUUGGCGACCUAGAGGAACGAGAGCUCAGGCCUAGGACAGAUUCCAUCAAACACAAAGGCAAAAUGGCCACCUCUGUCGCCUCUGUGGUCACUCGGACCGUGACCGACUUCACCAAAACUGUCACCAAGACGGCAGGCGCAACGGCGUCAAGCGCAAACAGAGCCGCCCCGCAGGGUGGCAUUCUCGAGGGAGCGGACCCUAGCAAAUAUGACCCGAAGAAUCCCAUUAUUCUUUUCAUCAUCCAGGCCUCUAUAAUUAUCAUCUUCUGUCGCAUCCUGCAUUGGCCUUUAUCUAAGAUUCGUCAGCCCCGUGUCAUUGCUGAAGUUAUUGGUGGCAUUUUGUUGGGGCCGUCCGUCAUGGGUCGCAUUCCUGGAUUCACGGAACAUAUCUUCCCGCAGGCGUCCAUGUCGAACCUAAACCUAGCUGCAAACAUUGGCCUGAUUCUCUUUCUUUUCUUGGUUGGUUUGGAGGUCAAUCUCAAGCUAUUCCUGGGGAAUUGGCGAGUUGCACUGUCGGUAGGCUUCGCCGGUAUUGCGCUUCCUUUUGGCCUUGGUUGCGGUAUUGCCUACGGAUUAUAUCAGCGUUUCCGUGAGGAUGCAGGCCUUCAACCCAUCUCUUUUGGAGUGUACAUGCUCUUUAUCGGUAUUGCCAUGGCGAUUACGGCAUUCCCUGUACUCUGCCGUAUUUUGACUGAACUCAAGCUUCUGAGCACACCCGUUGGCGUCAUUGUCCUUUCUGCUGGUGUAGGAAAUGAUGUCGUGGGUUGGAUUCUACUCGCGCUUUGCGUCGCCUUGGUUAAUGCCGGAACCGGGCUCACGGCGCUCUGGGUACUGUUGACAUGCGUUGGCUGGGCCCUCUUCCUCGUCUACAUCAUUCGCCCUGGUUUCAUGUGGAUUGUGAGACGAUCGGGCAGCCUCCAGAACGGCCCUACACAGACUGUGGUUGGCAUCACCAUUUUGCUUGUAUUGGCCUCGGCGUUUUUCACCGGCAUUAUCGGCGUUCAUCCCAUUUUUGGUGCUUUCAUCGUCGGCUUGCUCUGCCCUCACGAUGGCGGAUUCGCUAUCAAGCUGGCCGAGAAAAUUGAAGACUUGGUCAGCGUGCUUUUCCUGCCGCUGUACUUUGCCCUUUCUGGUCUCAGCACUAAUCUGGCUCUCCUCAACACUGGCAUUACCUGGGCAUACGUCAUUGGUGUGAUCGCCGUGGCAUUUUUUGGCAAGGUCAUUGGUGGCACAUUGGCUGCCAGAUGCUGCCGCCUCGUCUGGCGCGAGAGCUUAACCAUUGGUGUUUUGAUGAGCUGCAAGGGUCUCGUGGAGCUGAUUGUUUUGAAUAUUGGUUAUUCCGCAAAGAUUUUGAGCCAGCGCACGUUUACCAUCUUUGUGGUCAUGGCGCUCAUUACCACUUUCGCUACCACUCCGCUUGUAGCAUGGCUCUAUCCUCCGUCAUACCAGAGAAAGCUCGAGGCAUGGAAGCGCGGCGAGAUUGACUGGGAUGGAAACCCUCUUCAUCCUCACGAAGGUCCCGGGUUUGAGAAGCUCAGGAGCAACCAAGUGCACCGCAUCCUUGUGUAUCUUCGUCUCGAGAGUCUACCUGGUCUGUUGACUCUCACGUCGUUGCUUGGUAAUGACAUUUCGGCGACUCCUGUCACACCCAAAGUCCACCGCCUCAAGAUCAACGCAGCCAAUACUGCUCCUCUUGCCAAAACUCCCCAGCCAGAAAUCGCGUCCGAACAGUCGGUUGCGAUUCAUGGCCUUCGUCUGCUCGAACUAACUGAACGAGCUUCGACGGUCAUGAAGGUGUCUGAAAUGGACGAAUUCGCAAUUCGCGAUCCUUGCGUCAACGUCUUCCGCACAGUCAGCCAGCUCAACAAUGUGGCUGUAUCUGGCAACGUAUCAAUUGUGCCUGAAUCGACGUACGCCGAUACCCUCUUGACGCAGGCCUCCAACCUGUCUUCGGAUAUGGUCUUAAUUCCCUGGAGCGAGUCUGGUCUCCUCAGCGAACAAAGCUCCCCUCUUUCCGACUAUCAGGAAACCAAUCGAUCUACAAGCAGCCCGCAAUGUCACUUUGUCACCACCGCCCUCGACCAGGCCACAUGCCACACCGCCAUCCUCGUCAACCGUGGCCUCGGCCGAUCCCCAGCCGGAAACGAAUCUCGCAAACUGCGCAAAACCGUCAGCGGUCUCAGUCUCCAGAGCAGCGGCCAUUAUGAUCAGUCCGCGGCUCCGGCCAACGACCGCAGCCACCACAUAUACAUGCCGUUCUUUGGCCGUGCCGACGAUCGCGUUGCGCUCCGUUUCGCCUUACAGAUUGCCCAACGACCAAAUGUCACGGCCACAAUCGUCUACUUUGAGGAUUCCAGCCCAAUUCAUUCCGACGAGAAUAGCGUCUCUGGUGCCGCACCGAGUACCGAUCUCACUGGAACCGCGGCCGCUGCAUCCGCGACAGGUCGAACUGCGAGCACGAUUUCUAAACUCGGGUUCCACAACAACUCGGUCUCAGUCACAUCUCAACCCACCAGAUCAUCCAGCAUCUCCACCUUUUUUAACUCGGUCCGCAACACCUUGCCCGAGGCACUCGCCUCGCGCGUCGUCUUUGAGACUGUGACGAGCCCUGAUCCUGCCGCCGAAGCGGCCCAUCGUGCCGCAGAGGAAGUCGGUCUUGCCCCUCGCAACGCGGGCGAUUUAAUCAUCCUCGGACGCAAUUCAACUCCUGAGCAUGCACACCAACUCGACCACCACCAUCAUGCGCCUCCAGCGACGGUUGAUCCGGCCCGCAGAUUGUGUCUUGGCGCUCUUGCCGAUACGCUCUGUCAGCGGAAUCUCAAGGCCAGCAUCUGUGUCGUUCAGGCCAAGGAGUAAGGUUUUUUUUAUUUUAUUGUCAUUUUUAAUUUAUUUUCGUCUUCUUUUUUUCGUCUUUUUUCGUCUUUUUUCGUCUUUUUCAUCUUUUUCAUCUUUUUCAUAUUUUAUUUACCUGUUGGAAUAUAUCUGCCCGGGUACAUAUUCCCGGGGUCAAGUAUAUCACUCCGAUUUCAGCAUAUGAGCUUGUAAAUAUCCAUGAUUCACGAGUAUUUAUGACAUUUGUUUAUUUAUAUUUUAUUUAUUUUUAUCCUCAUUCUUAUUCUUAUUCUUAUUUUUAUCAUUAUUGUUGUUAUUGUUAUCAUUAUUUUUUGCAGCAUGACGAGCAGGCAAUGACAUAUCAUGUCAAAGGAUAUUUUAAUUUCCGUUUCUUUCCCGUUUUUAUACUUUGAUAUUUUUUUAUUUUUUAUUCCUUCUCUUUUUAUUUCUUCUUUAUAUUUAUGAUAUCGGUAGUUAUAUCUAACCUGACGGAUC